AUGAGGCUCUGUCUCUCUGGGUUACUCUUCCUCUUUGUGAUCUCAUUGCCUUCAGGGAACGGCUUGUUCGGAAAUGAUGGAGUGGAAGUCCGUACUUGCACUGCGCUUGGGGGCAGAUGUUUCUUUGGCUGUAGAGUAGGAUGGAAAUGGGUUGCCUACUGUCACAAUGUAUUGUCUUGUUGCCUAAAACUGAGGAGACAUCCUCCACCUCAGGUCUAUGAAACAUGA